AUGGCGGCCUCCCUCGCUCUCUUGGCAAUGGCUUCGGCUGAUGUAGCUGUUCACGCUCCUCCGGCUGUUGUCAAACAAUCCCAAGAUAUAGCUGCUGACGGUACCUAUUCAUUCUCCUACGAAACUGAGAACGGAAUUUAUCACGCUGAAAAUGGAGCACCGGUAGCUACUGACGCAAGAAACGCACCAGCAAUUGUCGCCCAAGGACAAUAUCAAUAUCAGGCACCUGAUGGCACGCCAAUAAGCGUAUCAUAUAUUGCUGAUCACAAUGGAUUCCAACCUCAGGGUGAUCAUAUUCCACCUAUUUCUCCACUGAUCCAAAGGGCUCUUGAAUACAUUAGAGCACACCCACCGAAACCUGAGCACGACAUUGUUGUUGCACGUUAA